AUGCCACCAAGGAGACAACGCAAUAUAGGACGCCGUACGCGUCUUACGAGAAGUUUGUACAAUCAUAGAGUCAGGCAGACUGAAGAAGAGCGUACCCAACGUUUGGACGCAAAUCGUGUUACACUAUCACAGUGCAAAAUUAACCUUUUAUACGAUUCCAGUGAUGAAAGCGAUACUGAAAUCACAAUAAGAAGAAGAAGACUCUUUAGACCACGUCUGGAAUAUGAAUUCCUGGAAUCCACGUUGGAGUACAAUGAGCGUUUCAGGCUAAAACGGGACAAAUUUAUUUUAUUAUUAAAUUUAUUGUCUCCAAUACUGGAGAACGAGACAAAUAGAAGCCAUUCUCUGACGGUACAACAGCAGCUACUGAUAACGUUACGCUGGCUAGGAACAGGAACCACAUACCACGCAGUAGGUGACUUGCAUGGUGUAAGCAAAGCCACUGUGUGCAGGCUGGCCAGAAAACAUGGAUCAAGUGGUAUCCAAAUUCUACGCCAUGAGAGGCAUGCCGUUAGUUUGCGGCUGUUUGACGGCACUUUAAUAAAAUUAGAUGCACCCAAAGAGCAUGAAGAAGCUUAUUUUGAUCGGCAUGGUAAUCACUCCAUUUCCUGUAUGGUAGUUUGUGGACCCGAUCUCCAAUUCUAUUACUCCUAUGCAAAUUGGCCUGGUAGUACUCACGACUCUCGCGUCUUGCGUAAUAGUUGUUUGUUCCGCAGAAUGGAAAACGGCUGGCGUCCAAUUCAGAACGGAAUCAUUUUAGGUGAUUCAGCAUAUCCGCUAAAAGAUUGGCUAAUUCCUCCGUUAUCAAAUAACAGAAGAUUCCUCAAUACACACAAAUCAACAAGAAGGGUUGUGGAAAAUGCAAUUGGCAUUUUAAAGGAAAAAUUUCCAGUUUUAAAUUAUUUGCGGAUGAGCCCCGAAAUGGCCAGCGAUGUUUUUAAUUGUGCGGUCACUCUUUGUAAUUUUUCACGCACUGAGGAAGAUGAAAACUUCAGAAUUACAUAUCCUAGCGACUCCGAUAAUGACGAAGAAGUGAAUCAAACCAUAGCAGACAGUAGAGGCCAAGCCAGGCUGCAAACUCUUUUAAAUUAUUUUAAUUAG